AGAAAGAACUAAGGGGAUUAAUUUUGGCUUUUUUUUUAAUAAAUCUAAUAGUGUAAUAUGAUUAUCACUGAUAAUUAAUAAUUUCCUUAGUUCCUAAAAAAUUACAACAAUAACAUUUAACACAAAGAUUAAUAAAUGAUAAAAUCAUUUAAAUUGUGUGAAUGAUAUUAAAGCAGGAUAGACGAAAAUAAAAGAAAAUGAAAAAAAAUUUUUCAAUAAAAGUAAUUAUAUCAAAACUAAAGUUAGACAUUGAAACAUAAUCAAUAUUCAAUAUUUUGGGAAAACAAAUCCAAUAUAUGCGUUUUCUUAUGUUUCUCAAAUGUCCAUUAUCUACAAAACUAAAUAUGGAAGUAAAAAUAUUCAGAGGUUGGACGUAAAUUCCUCAUCAACAUAUUUGAUAUUCAAUAAGCAUUGCAGCAAACUCCCGGGAAAAAAAGGAAUAUAGGUUGAGGAAGAGAAAAAGAUAUAGAGAGAGAAAAUAAAAUAAUAAAAUAAUAAAUAAUAAAAUAAAAAUAAUAGUAUAUUAAGUUAGAAGGAUAAGGAGAAAAAAAAAAUAGAAUGGCGGCAUAUAGAGCUGAUGAUGAUUAUGAUUAUUUGUUUAAGGUAGUUUUAAUUGGGGAUUCCGGUGUCGGAAAAUCUAAUCUUCUUUCUCGUUUUACCAGAAAUGAAUUCAGUCUUGAAUCAAAAUCCACCAUUGGUGUUGAAUUCGCAACUCGUAGCAUUAGCGUUGAUGAUAAAAUUGUUAAGGCUCAAAUUUGGGACACUGCCGGACAAGAAAGGUAUCGCGCAAUCACGAGUGCAUACUAUCGAGGAGCAGUUGGUGCCUUAGUUGUGUACGAUGUUACCCGACAUGUGACAUUUGAAAAUGUGCAAAGAUGGCUAAAAGAACUGAGAGAUCAUACAGAUUCAAACAUAGUGAUAAUGCUUGUUGGGAACAAAGCCGAUUUACGUCACUUGCGUGCUGUUUCGAUAGAAGAUUCCAAAGGUUUUGCUGAAAGGGAGAACACAUUUUUCAUAGAAACAUCAGCCCUGGAAGCAUUGAAUGUGGAGAGUGCUUUCACACAAGUUCUAUCUCAAAUAUAUCAUGUUGUCAGCAGAAAAGCACUUGACAUUGGAGAUGAUCUAGCCGUUUUACCUAAGGGACAGACAAUUAACAUUGGCUCCAAGGAUGAUGUAUCUGCAAUUAAUAAUUCUGGAUGUUGUUCCAAUUAA